CGCCACUCUGUACUUCGCUCUCCCGCUCGCUGCUGCUGCUUCUGUUGCCGGCGCUGCUGUUGCAGGAGAGCCCGGCCCCCUGCAGAAUAUUUUAAAGAGACGCAUCGACAAGGAGGAGGGUGGAAUAUAAAAGCCCUCCCCGCCACCACCACCACGGCCACCGAGCGGCGUGUUGCGUAACGAAAGUAUCGGCGGCACGUGUCCACGUGUGUCCACGUGUGGGCACAGAAGGGCGGGCGAGAGAGGGUUGCUGUUGAUAAACUUCGAUGCCGGGUGCAGCCCCAGCCCCGUACGCGAUGGCUGCCGGCAGCAGGGAUUACGAGUUCGACUCCUACAAGCCCUUCUUCUACGACGACGACUGCGCCUGGGACUUCUACCAGUCCACGGCGCCCAGCGAAGACAUUUGGAAAAAAUUCGAGCUCCUGCCCACGCCACCCCUGUCGCCGAACAGGGCGAACUCGAUGCUGUUGCUGCCCUCGGGUGAUCCGUCCUACGAUGACAACACCGACUUGCUGGACGAUGAAAUCGAGAGCCGCAGCGUCCUCUUGGACCCCAUCUGCGACUACGGCAGCGGGCGUAGCAGCAUGAAAGCGGUGGUGCUGCAGGACUGCAUGUGGAGCGGCUUCUCGGCUAGAGCCACGCUCGAGAAGUUCGUGACCGAGAAGUUGGCCGCCAAGAAGUUGGGCGGCUUCCCCAGCAGCAGCAGUGCCAGCGUGUCUCUGCUCUCCACGUGUCUGCCCGCGGUCUCCUGCGCCCUGCCCCGGGAGCUGAGUGCCGGCGGCGGGAGCCCGGGGGGGGAGGGUGGCUGCGCUGGGGUCGGUGGAGCUGGUCCCUGCUCCGCAUCGCUCGUGGUGACCUCGGCUGUGGUGGACCCUGCGGAGAUGCUGCCCUUCGGGCCGGGAGGGCAGCACCUGCCGGCCGAGGGGCAGAGCCAGGGGGACGAGGAGGAAGAGGAGGAGGAGGAUGGGGAGACGACUGAGAACGGGGUGAUGUCUCCCGGCAACGAGACGCCAAGCGAUUCCGACGAUGACGACGAUGAUGACGACGAGGAUGAUGAGGAGGAAGAUGAAGAGAUUGACGUGGUGACCGUGGAGAAGAGGGGUCCUGCCAAAAAGAGCGUGGCGGUACACGCCGUGUACAACACAAACACGGCCCGCCAGUAUAACCAGCAGCAGCAGCGGUCUGCCCCAGCCUACACAUCGCGCGGCCACAUCCCGCCGGUGCACCAGCAGCACAACUACGCCGCUCCCUCGCCUCCUCCGUGCAAAGUGGAGAAUCCCCCGGCUGCCAAACGCUUCCGCCCCGACACGCACCCCACCGUUGCCCCCACGCCGCCCCCGGUGGCACGCGGACCUAUGCAGAGCCGAGGCGGUUCCAGUUCGGCCAGCUCGUCUCGUGCCAACUCGACGGGGUGCGGCAGCCCUCGGAGCUCCGAUUCCGAGGACCAGGACAAGCGGCGCACGCACAACAUCCUCGAGCGGCAGCGGCGUAACGACCUCAAGAACAGCUUCUUCUGGCUGCGUGAUCACAUCCCUGAGCUGGCGCACAACGACAAGGCAGCCAAGGUGCAGAUCCUGAAAAAAGCGAUGGAAUAUUCACGCACCCUGCAGCGUCAAGAGAAAAAACUCGAGGCGGAGAAACGGCAGCAGCAGAUUCGACAUCAGGAGCUGCUGAAGAGGCUGGAAAUCCUGAGGGACUCAAAGACCAAGCGGUCUUGAUUUGCAUCUUGUUUAAAGACUUUAAACCAAAAAUAACUUGUUUUGAUAUUGGACUAAAGCCUCUGGCAACCAGCACAGUUUAGCCACUUUGCUAUUUAGUGAUUUUGUAUCCACUGUGACCUCGUUUGCAACAUGAUGCCUUUGAAUAUUUGACUGCCAAGGUUUGAGUUGAUGGGAAUGGUAGUUGUACCUCAAUAGACAUUUCUGCACAAAUGAUGCCUCAAUGUGGCAAAGACUGCCAUUAAUGCUGUUUCAUGGCGAUUUUUCCUUUUUGUUAUUUUCAAUUUUUUUAAUUUGUUUUUUUACUAUAAAACUAGCCGUUGAUUUUUUUUAUAUAUUUUCAUAUAAAACAUGGAAAAUGUAGGCACCAAAAGUUGCUAUAUAAUUACCCAGGGUUUUUGUAAGAUUUAGCACGAGUAACUUUUUGUACAAAAGUUGUACAUGUCAAUAGUGCAAAAGUUAUAUUUAGUAACCUUUUUUGAAUGUCCUUAAAACAUGGGUUUUCUUGCUUAUUUUGCAUUGCUAAUGGACUUGGUCUUUUUGCAGUUGGCGUUUAGCUCAAAGUGGGCUUAGCGGCUGUAAAGCGUUCAUUACAGCACUUUAUAUACCUCAGUAUAUUUUUUUUCUUAUUGGAACAUGUAAAUAAAGCCCAUAAGACACAAA